GGCGGCGGGUAGGGUAGGUGACCGGCGCGCGGCACUGACUGUCUGGGAGCGCGAGCCGUGCGAACAACAGAAAUGCCAGUGAGCUGAACAGCCUUUCGGCAUCAUCUGGGGGGACACUUGAUGCGCGAACGUACAGAAGGUGUGCAGGUGCGUGAAGGGGAGCCUGACAACGCGGAACUACGGAGACCCCUCCUGGGAGGACCUGUCCAUCUGGCUGUUUCCCAGCACCAGUCAUCUGGUCCGACCCCCGCCAUCGACCCACCGUCGCUCUUUGCUUUUCAACAUAAGGCUCAGCUGCUGCCGUCACCUCAGCGACUUUGCUUGUCUCGUGCCGUUAAGGACCUUUGAGUGUGAGGCCGUAGUGACGCGUCGUGCGGACACGUUACCUCAGCACCUGGAGAACAGGCGGUAAGGCGGAGUCUCUCGGCUCUGAAUUUUUCGUGGCGCCGCUGUUGAGCUCAGGCCCGCUGAUUCACCGACGCUCUGAGGUCUGUUGCUCUUCACAGGCGACUUUGUCGAUCUGCAGCGCUCCGAUCAGGUAUCUCUUAGCCCUCUUGCUUGGCAAUGUGACUCGAAUAGGCAAGUGCUCCUGUCAGAUUAUCAUACGCUGUAGACGCCCGGAAAUGAGCUUCCCGUUCCCAGCCAAUUAGGCGCCAGCAAGCAGGCUGGGCUCUGCUGUCGGCUAUUUAAACGGGUGCUCAGGCUACUCCCGAGUUACUUGCUCUCAGUGCGGGGGGCCACGUCCAGCCGUGUGUCCCUCUUCAGAAAGACGCUGCUGCGCUGUCUCUCCAGCACUUUGAUUGGCUGGAAGUAAAGAGCGCCCCAAUCUGGCCCACCUGUCCGCUCACCCUACCGCCCAGACGAUCUGUAAAUUCUGCCGCCGUGCCCCUUGGAGAAUGACCGAUGCCCCCACCCUGGACUACGAGCUGCUGUCCCCAGGACCCUCCGUGGCAGGGCUGCCCACCGGGCCCCCACUGGCUGGUGAUGCCGAGCAGAAGACGGCAUUUGCCUUCGUAGGACUCCUGUUGCUUUUCCUGCUCUUCCUGUUGGUGCGCUGCUUCCGCAUCCUGCUGGACCCGUACAGCCGCAUGCCCGCCUCCUCCUGGACGGACCACAAGGAGGGACUGGAGAGAGGCCAGUUCGACUACGCGCUGGUGUAGCUGCCGGGGAGGAAGGCGAGGAGGGACAACGGUGGACACAGCUGCCUUAACCCGAGCUGCAGCCCAGAGAAUUUGCCCUGCAGUGAACCUCCACCUUACUUCCCCUUAAUUUACCAAAACAGGUUGAGGUUGGAAAGGCAACACGCUCUCUCCAUCAUUCACUUUUUGUUUAAUGUUCUUCUUUUCCACGCAGUAUCGCAAACGGACCUCAUCUGUUCCGCUUGAGUGACGUUCAUCAGAGUGGGUGGUGUGUGACGUGUCCAGUACAGUCAGGCGCGCUGCCCUUUCGUUCUCGUUUCACUGUCAGUAAGGAUGGCCGAAGAUGUCGUCACGGUGGGACCCGUGCAGUAUAACUCUUGCGGUCGGCUCCAGGUGUAGAGGUGGGACGAGACCUUUCACACCAAGUGAGUGUGAAAGAGUGUCUUUUGAAGGAGGAGCAGAUUCCACAAUCCCACCACUGUCUGCCAGGGUGUGGUACAAACACAUCCAUGAAGCAAUGGGCCUGUCUUGGAUGUCAAAAGCAGACCAAUAACUUGUUUACUUCCUGGAAUAAACACCUUUAGUGUUAUACAGUACAUGUGCCAUGAGUUUUGAUGGAGCGCUGCAGGAUAUGUUCUGUAUGAAAGGAGGUAAAGGUUUAGGGUAACUUAUAGGGUACUGGGGGUAAUAGAGCCAUCAUCAUGUCUGACAGCUCCCCUCUCCUUAUGUUUAAAUCACAUGGCGAAUACCAGGGUAAUACGUUGCGCUGCCUACUUUUCACCCACGUGGAAAACUCUUGAUGGCCGUUGACCAACGCAGCCGACUUAAAACCAGGUGUAUGUUCCUUAGCACCUCUGGAAAGUAAAUGUGAAUGUUACCUCCAUUUUAUUUUACUUUGUUUUCCACUUAGAUGUUGUAGCUAUGGAUAUGCAAGUGACGCUGGAUUAGGUGACGUUGUUCAGGGUAGCUUUUGUCCCUUUAAGAAGUCUUUAAAGAAACAUGGUCCCUUUAAGAGUUUUUUUUUUUUUUUUCUUCAUUGAUGGCAGUGUUAUGUACUUAACGGUUCUGGGCUUUUUCUAUGUAAUUGCUGUGUUUUGUCUAUAACUAAAAAGCCAUAUGAAGAUAUUUAAUGUUGAUAUUAAAUGUUCACCUUCCCAGUGCUAGUCUAUUUAACCAGGCUUGAUGAAAACAUUGUGAUACUGCAGCAACUUUUAGAGAUGUUGGAUACGCUUUAUUUUUCUAUUCCGGCUCAAAUUUGGAGUCUCUUUUUACUAUUUUUUUUCACCCCUCCCCCCCAUUUAUACCUUUAUUACUGGAAUAUUACUGGAUUUUGGAGCCAAGCCUAGAGAAGCAGGUGUAAGAUUCAGCUAGGAGGAGUUUUGACCAUGUGUUUUUGACAUUUGUAAGUAGAUGGGAUAUUUUUCCUACCGUUUUUGUCUG